CGUGUGGCGCGGCUGAUUCCUCCUUCUUCCUUCGGUCACGCUGUCAUUCGGCACCGGCUCCCUUGCCCUGACUCAAAAACCCGUCAAAAAUGAAGAUCUGGGCGUCAGAGCACGUAUUCAACCACCCCUGGGAGACGGUGACCAAAGCAGCCAUGCAGAAAUACCCCAACCCCAUGAACCCCAGUGUGUUUGGAGUGGACGUGCUGGACCGGAACGUGGACACGGCCGGACGUCUCCACAGCACCAGGCUCCUCAGCACCGAGUGGGGACUGCCCGCCAUCGCCAAGUCUAUAAUUGGUGUAACACGAACAUGCACAUAUGUCCAAGAGCACUCGAUAAUCGACCCUAAAGAGAAGACAUUUGAACUACAGUCCACAAAUAUCUCCUUCACAAAUCUAGUAUCAGUCGAUGAGAAGUUAACCUACAAACCACACCCACAAGACCCUCAGAAGACUGUGCUGACGCAGGAGGCUCUAAUCAGUGUGAAGGGGGUCAGUCUGAGCAGUUACCUCGAGGGGCUCAUGGCCAACACCAUCUCCACCAACGCCGGAAAGGGGCGUGAGGCGAUGGAGUGGGUGAUCCGGAGACUCAACAGCGAAAUCGAAGAACUGGCGGCGACGGCGAGGGGGACGAUCCGAACGCCGAUGGCCGCCGCCAUGACCAACAAAUGACCCUCCACCUCUUUCUCUUCCUCCUCCUCCUUGUCCUGUCCUCCUUGUCUCCUCCUUUCAUGAACCAAUGGACUCUAGAUGCACAAACCUGCUCCUCCUCCUCCUCUUCUUCUACAGUCUCAGCCCACAACACGACCCCAGCGCAUCUGCCAUCUUUGUACUUUCGAGCCGAUGACAGGUAGAUCUUUGAGGUUCGCCAAGUUGUGAUUGCCAAACUCUUUUUGAAUUCACUCAGUGCCUACACGUACUUCUUCCUCCUCCUCCUCCUUCUCACAGCAAAGCUUUUCUUCCAUCUUGUUUUUCGUAUCUGUUUUGCCCCUUGUUUAUCGUUUCUGAAGCAACAAAAUGGCUGACUCCUUCUAGACCUUUUGAAAACUGGUAUUAUCCUGAACUGGACACAAGCAGCUCAACUAUUGCAUUUGUAAAACUACUCUUAUGGUGUUAAAUUGUGAAGGAAACAUAAAUAUACAUAGUAUACAUGUUAAAUUAUGCUAUUUUCUGAGUUUUUAUGUUGUUUCCUUAUCACAAAUAGACCUGCAUUGUUGUGUUUUGUUUCAUUCACACACAUUUAACACACAAAUCCUGCAUAUUUAGGCUGAGUUCUUACAUCUUGAACAGAAAAUACUCUGAAAACACUUAUGCGGGGUUCCCACAAUCAUGAAAAUCCUGGAAAAGUCAUGGUCUGUGUGUCUCUUUCACACAACUUCAGCGUUUUGUUAAGUUCUCAUGAGGCUAUUAUGAAUAUUUCCGAAUGUCUGCACCUUUUAUUGCUUAAAAGAGACAACAAUAAAUGCACUGACGGUAUUUUGAAUGUUAAAAAACUAUAAAACCAAACUACAAAGUGAGUGGAAAGGUUUAACAUUUCAUAUUUAGAUGUAAAAGUGCUGUAAAGUCAUGGAAAAUUCACUUUAGAUCAUGAAGAAGUUGCCGAAAAGCUUUAAAAUUUUGUCCGUGAUAAAGAGCGGGAACCCUGAACUUGUGGUGUCAUGUGAUUAUAACGGUGUGUUUUUAAACUCUGUGCACCUUUACUAGAAUUAUUUUGGUAAUUUCAGACCAGAAAUUGCUGAUCUCUACUGAACUAAAGGUAAAAUGGAGUUGUUAACUUGACAUCACAAGGCGGAACGGAGCAUUUUGAGCUUUGGAAAUGUACACAAACUAACAGGAUUACUCAAACUGAGAAUGUGAAUGAAACAAAACACAACUCCAGGUCUGUUUUUGAGGAGGUAGCAGCAUUAGAACAUGGAUAAAAGCUCACAAGAGUCAGUUUUGUGUAAUAUAGAACCUUUAAUGCACACGUUUGAAUUAAGUGUUACUGUAUUAAGUUUAUAUUUUAGAUACACGUUUGACACUAACUCUGGAAAUUCUCGUGUGCCAUAUUCGUAAGGGUGGGAUGAGACACAAUUUCCACAAGACGAGACGAGAUUGGGACCACGAGAAUGAAACAAGACGAGUUUUAACAUAAUUUCUAAUGUAUAAAUUUCACAAUCCAGUUCCCAAUUUUGGCCUCACAUUUUGUAUUUAUGUGAUUUAAUGUUUGUGUUUCUGUUCUUGUACAACUUUUUGGAACUGUAAGACAUGUAACUCGGAAAACUCGUGACCCUUUUUUGUCCAAUCCAAAUGUAAACACUUGGAAAAAAAUCGCACAAGAUCAUUUUUCUCACGUGUCUAGAGUCUUGUGGCAGUUUUGUCUCAGGAGAUCUUGAGGCACGAGAUCUUUUACCCUCCCUACAAAUUAGUAUUAAGUAUUUUCAGCUCUGACUUCUCAAAUAUUUAUACAGUUUCUAACUCAAAACCAGUUUACAGAAUUACUUGAACAUGUUAUUUUCUUUUUAAUUUAGUGGUAAUCUUCUAAAGUAUCCUCUAAAGUUCUAAAUAUUGACAACUUUUUUAGCCAAGAUCAAAUAAGGCCUGUGUUGUCCAGUAUUUUGUAAAAGCUACUAAAAAUAUGGGCAACUGUGAACUAAUUCUCCACCAUAAUUCAUUUCAGUUUCUAAUAAUUUUGUGUAUUUAUGAUAUUAUAUUGAUUGAUAUUAUGUGGAAAAUUAGUUAAAAUAAAAUAAAAAUGCUAGUUACCAGAGGUGACUUGGACUUGCGACUUAACUUGAUAAAAUGGACUAAGACUUGGGACUUGUCUGUGACUUGAGAAGCACAUUUAAAUCUGAAUUCUUUCUAUUCUGACUGUAAUGAUUCACUCUAUAAGAUUCACUCUUGUCAAUCUCAGAGCAGAUGACUUGGACUUGGACUUUUGACUCGAGAUUCAACCUGGACUUGCCUGUAUUUGACUUGGGACGUAACUCGGACUUGAGGUCAAAGACUUGGGACUUGACUGUGACUUGAGAAGACUUGAGAAGCACUUUUAAAUCUGAAUUCUUUCUAUUCUGACCGUAACGAUUCAGGUCUAAAACAGGACUAAAACAAGACUAAAACAGGUCUAAAACGGGUCUAAACCAGGACUAAAACCAGGACUAAAACAGGUCUAAAACAGGAUUUAGCCAGGAUUUAGCCAGGACUUAACCAUGCCGCCAGACCGGCCACUGCGCCUCCUCCCAUUCGCUAAAAAUUACAAUUCUUUGCGGGUGCGGAUGCGGGACUGAAAAUUCUGUCCCGCGCAGACCUCUACUUGAAAUGAAUUGAAGCUCAAAGCCGACUUCAACUUAAAUUGUCCCAACUUGAGACUCGACUCGGCCUUGCCUGUAUGUGACUUGGGACUUGACUUGGACUUGAGUUCAAAGACUUGAGACUUACAAAACGACGCUUGGUCCCACCUCUGCUAGUUACUGUGCCACCAUUUACAAAAAAAAACAAAAACAAAAAAACACUUUAAAACCUGAGAAUAGCUUUACAACUGACUGCUUCAUUUUUUUUUUUCUUCUUAGAAUACCAUUUAAUUCUGACCUUCAAUAAAUAACUGUACAAUUAGCAGCUAUACGGCAGGGGACCAUAUCUCUAAAAAUAUAAUAAUAGUACUAAAAAAGUACUUCUUGAGUCCUGGUAGACGCUGGUCGGUCUGCCUUUAGUCACUUUCUAAUCUCCUCAUGUUACCUUGUCUGUUUGUGUUUUUGGUUUGUGCUUCAUACUUGAAUGUUAACUUAUUUUGACAUUAAAGCUGCAUUGCGUAACUUUUCCGGUGGAGGCUCCGUCACGUGGUCGUUGCUCUGAAUGUUCCACACUGUGACAUUAAGCAGCUCUACAUUUACAUCUACAUUUAUUCAAUUACAAGUGGUUUUAUAGCUCAAAAAUACUUAGAAAAACUACAUUCUGACUAUAAACGGGGUUGCCUCUCCACAGAUCUGGCGUGGAACUUGGGUCUCCGUGAAGAUAGAAAGGUUAAAUGUCAUAAAACGUGCCGCGGAACAUUCCAGACAAGGCGUUUGACUAAGCCUCCGCCAGAAAAGUUACACAGUGUGUCUUUUUAAGCGUGGAAGGCUGUGAAGAAAUCAGUUUGCAUUUACCGUAGUGUUAUUUUGCAGUUCAACUAAAACGAAACUGUUGUCGUAUUUAUAGUUCAGAUGAAUGAGUGGCGAUGGCUGUUAACUAUUUAAAAAGUUUGGUUUUUGUUUUUCAGUGUUUGUUAAUGUGAAAAACCCACAUGGAUCUAAGCACAGACUAUCAAAAAAAAUUACAAUAUCAUGAGAAAGUUUGAUAUUUUUUGGUGUAAAAUGACAAAAAUACUGAUCUUUUUCAUGAUAUUCUAUUUUUUCGAGAUGGUCUAUGUACAAAGAACAGUAUUUUGUGUAUUUAAGAACUAUUUUGCUCUAAAUGGUACUUGUAAAUGUACUUUGGGUUUGGAGAAGUAAACAGGAGCAUAAACAGAUGAACCGAAAAUACUACUAAAACUACUACUUCUGCUACUGCUAUGACUACAACUCCUACUACUAUGACUACUACUACUGAGUACAGGUACUACUAUGUCUACAACUACUACUACUAUGACUACUAGUACUGACUACUACUAUCACUACCUACUAUUAUCACUCCUUGUACUAGUACUACUAUGACUGCUUGUACUAGCGUUAGUAUGGCAACUACUAUGACUACUAGUACUAUUAUUAAAACUGCUCGUACUAUGACUACUAUGACUGCUAGUACCACUAUGACAACAGCUAUUGAGUACUAGUACUACUGUGACUGCUCGUACUACUAUGACUACUACUGCGACUACUAGUACUGACUACUACUACUACUAUUAUCAGUCCCUACUACUACAACUUCUUGUACUAGUACUACUAUGACUAAUAGUACUAUUAUAACUGCUCGUACUAGUACUACUAUGAUUGCUCGUACUAGUACUACUAUGACUGCGAGUACUACUUCUACUAUGACUUUUAGUACUUUUAUGACUGCGAGUACUGGGACUAUUAUGAUUGCUCGUACUACAACUACUACUUUGACUACUACUACUGACCAGUACCUACUACUGCUAGUACUAGUAUUAUUAUGAUUGCUCCACUAGUACUACUACUACGACUUCGAGUACUACUAUGACUGCUCGUACUAGUAUUUCAAUGACUACAACUACUAUGACUACUUGUACUAUUGUGACUACUACUAUUACUAUUAUACUAUUAUGACUACUACUACUACUAUUACUAUUAUGACUACUACUACCACUACUAUUACUAUUACUAUUACUUUUAAAAUGACUGUACUUCUUUGUGAUCUGUUUCUCACGAGGUCGUUAGUGUCGUUUUUUAAUUUGUUAACGAUUUAUUUAGUCUAACCUGUUUAUAUUUGACAAAAGCUCCGUAAUGUGCCUUUUCUACGCGUUACCGUGGAAACACUGCUCCUGUGUGCUCCUCCAAACCCAAAACUCCCAACAGGCUGCAUCGUUUAUAACAUCGUUUAUAACAUCGUUUAUAACAUCGUUUAUAACAUCGUUUAUAACAUCGUUUAUAACAUUGUUUAUAACAUCGUAUUCCACCGAUUCAUGAUUUUAAGGUGAAAGUUUUCUUCUUGUUUUGACUGAUUUCACGAGGACUCCUUAAAUUCUCUGCAUUUUAAAAAAAUACCAUUUUAAUUCUGACCUUCACUAAACAACUGUACAAUUAGCAGCUAUACACCUUUUAAUACCAUUUACUGGAUCAUUAUAAUUGAUAUUUAUUUCUAAUUUUCUAUUAUCUAAGAAUUACAGCUCAGUUUUCCCAAGUCUGUCAGCUCCGGUGAAUAUGAAUAAAAUGCAGAGUAUUUUUGGGAGUCCCUGUGAAGACUUGUGAAGACUUUUGCCGACUGAGAAUUAAUUCAUUUGAGUUUUGUUACUGCUGUAACAACGGAAAACUGUCAGAAUUGUGCAGCAGAUAUUUCUUUUCUUUUUGUCUUGCAUGAAACAGAAACUGGCAUUUUAUCCGACGGUAAAACAUGAACGCAGCCUGUUGGAAUUAAAACUCACAAAACCCUGCUCUGUUCUUUUCCUCUGACAUCGUUUCAUGCUUCAUCGCCUCUCCUCUCCGCAGACCCGCCCCGUUUAUAAACCGCACGUCGUCUUUUCUACAGACCAUGACAGUGUUGUUGGCUGUAAAUAUUGUCAUAUUUAUAUUUUUGGUGCUGUUACAUUCCACGAAUGUAAAAAACAGACAAAGAGUGAGAUGUUUCAAAUAAAGAGGUUCAUUGUUUCAUGA